AUGGCAUUCAAAUAUGUGAUACUAACUGUCGCCCUGGUUGGGCUGGCCGGAGCGAACCCCGCGAGUAAACCUGCCUUCUGGAAGGGAACCCCGAUGGACGGAAUGGUCGAAGAGAUGCGAUCGUUAUGCAGCACCGAUGGGGACUCCGGAGCUUGCCUGAAGUACAAAAUCAUGGACUUUUUGGAUACCGUGUUCAAGAAGGAUAACUUUAAGCUCACUGAUGACGUCGAAGUUCACGGCAACGGAUACACAGGAAAUGGAGCUCGUAGUGCAGCCGGUCUAAUGGAAAACGUUGAACAGUACCUGAAAAGUCACGACGUUACGUUCAAGCUACCGGUUGCUAACGCUAAGGUUACCGUUUCGCCGCGCAACCUGGACAGUGAAGAGCUGAGUUUGACGGUGAAUUUCGCCAAGGUUGACAGCGGUCGCAGCGUAGGCGAAGCGCGCAAAUCCAAGCUGAAGAAGAUCGUCAUCCCAAUCAUGGUGUUUAUUCUGCUGAAAGCCAUGACUUUGAUCCCGAUGGCUCUCGGUGUUCUCGGGCUGAAGGCCUGGAACUCGCUGCAGCUGUCGUUCUUCUCGUUCAUUGUGUCCGUUGGGUUGGCCGUCUUCCAGUUGUGCAAGAAGCUUGCCGCUGACAGUCAUCAUCCGCACAUUGCCGCCCACGGUCCAUGGGAUGCAGGCCGAUCAUUCGCUGCCGUGGAUGCCGAACCGGAGUAUGCUGGGCAGAAUUUGGCGUACAGUGCCUAUGCAUGAAGCUGGCUAG